CGAUGACUCAUUUGUGUCAAGCCAUGGUCAGCGGGACGCCAUUGAGUCGCCGGCUGUGGGCCGAUGCGUCGCCGACGCGCUUCCGCUGCGUGUACCAUCCCUUCUUGCUGGGCGUCGCUUCGGGCGCGCUUCCACUCACAAGCUUUCAAGAGUUCCUCAAGCAAGACGCCUUCUACCUGCACGGGUUCCUCCAAGCAUUUGCGGUCGCAGUCGCCAAGGCCGACUCGCCAGCCGAUGCAAUUGCGCUCGUCAAGCUCAUGCAAGGCGUCAACGAGGAGCUCGAGCUGCAUACAUCCUUCAUGGAGUCGUGGGGCGUGCCGCCGCAUGUGGUCGAUGCCACCUCGGCGACCCCGGCCACGCGGGCGUACGUCGACUUUCUUCGUGCGACGGCCAAGGCCGCGACAUCUGUCGCCGAGAUCCUCGCUGCCAUGGUGCCCUGCGCCCGGCUCUACGCCGCCUUGGGCCAGGCGCUCGCCGGCGCCCGCACCCACCUCACGGCCACGCCGGGCGUGAACACAUACGCCAAGUGGAUCGAGACGUACGCGACUGCCGAGUUUGAGGCCAGCGCCAACGUCAUGGAAGCGCUUCUCGAUACGAUCGCGACGCGCGACGAGGUCGACGAGCGCCGUCUGUUUGCGCUCUACGACCGCGCGAUGCAGCUCGAGCGCAGCUUCUUUGACGCGUACUUUCCGGUCGCCAACGCCCGCGAGAUGCUCCGACCGACGGUGCUGCAGUGCGACGCAACGACGCUGGUGCUCGCGUCACCAACGUCUUCGAUCGAACCAUUGCCGUCGGCCUCGCUCUUGGCAGCGGUGCUAACACGCAUUUUGGACGGCGCGUCGUUGCAGGUUACCGCAACCGACGUCGGCGCUGACGAACGAGACGCGUGCACCGAGCUGCUCGUCCUGUCGACGUCAGUGGCUAGCGACGAUGCGGCGCCGAUCCAUGCGCCGGCCGCGCGUGUGCCAAGCGUCCUCUGCAUUGCAGGCUCGGACAGCGGCGGCGGUGCCGGGAUCCAAGCCGACGUGAAGGCGUGCACAGCCCUCGGCGUCUUCUCCACGAGCGCCGUCACUGCGAUCACGGUGCAAAACACUCACGGGGUGCUCAGUAUCCACGCCGUGCCGAUCGCGACCCUCCGCGCGCAAAUUCGGUGUGUGCUUGAGGACAUUGGUGCCGACGUCAUCAAGACCGGUAUGCUGGCCUCGGCGGCGAUCGUGCAGUGCGUUGUCGACGCGGUCAAGGAGUUUGACGCGAUCCCGCUGAUUGUGGAUCCGGUCAUGGUGUCGACGAGCGGCCACACGCUUCUCGAGGCCGACGCGCAUGCGAGCAUCGUCAAGGAGCUCUUCCCACUGGCGAUGCUCAUUACCCCCAACAUCCCCGAAGCCUCGUUCCUGCUCGACGGCCGUUCGAUUUCAACGGUCGACGACAUGAAGGUCGCGGCUGCCGACUUGCAGCGGCUUGGCCGAUCGCGCUACGUGCUCGUCAAGGGCGGGCACCUCGACGACCCGGCCAAGGUCGUCGACGUCCUCUACGACGGCACCGAAUGCUUUUGCUUCGAGUCGCCUCGCAUCACGACGACCAACACCCACGGGACCGGGUGCACGCUCGCGUCGGCCAUCGCGGCGCACUACGCCAAGGUGCCCGACAUCAAGUCGGCAGUGCUCCACGCCAUCCGCUACGUCCAUGCAAUCUUGGUGAGCAGCCAAGACUGCCGCCUCGGCCACGGUCCCCAAGGUCCGAUGCUGCAUUGGCUCUGAGACGUCCCCGAAUAAGAGCGCCACAUCCUCGUUCGGGUCUGGUGGCUCUUGCUACCACCGGAGAUGAGCCAUGGUAUUGGUUCUGUGGGCGGGAACCCUCUGGUUGGUCAUCGCCAACUAGACUAAGACGCAACUAAGAUCACGGAGCUAUAGCUUUGAUUGUGGUGCGAAAUCGAGGUGGAACAGUCUCGAACUGGCUUGGGCAAUCAACUGCAAUCAAAUCCGCUUCAACAAAGAUGGCGCAACGUUGCUACUUCUUCAAGUAGGUCCUUCUCGACGCUCGGCUCUUUGUCUCUGCGAUCGACGACGCUUGCGACGCCAACGGGCCACCAGCCAUUGA